GCAUUUACGUCAGAUUUUGGCGUAGAUUCUGUGAGCUCGGGAGGCGUUGCGUGUCUCCCAGUGCGUAGCUCAGGCAAAAGCAGCGAGAAGGGGGAAUGUCGGCUUGUGAAUGAUCGGUGUUUGAGGCGGCAGGGAGCGUCUACGUUAUGGCUCAGCAAAAGAAUCUUGAAGGAUAUGUUGGCUUUGCAAGCCUCCCUAACCAAGUGUACAGGAAGUCUGUCAAGAGGGGCUUUGAGUUCACCCUGAUGGUUGUUGGUGAAUCAGGUUUGGGCAAAUCCACGUUGAUCAACUCUCUGUUCCUAACAGACCUGUAUUCAGCAGAGUAUCCUGGACCUUCACAUCGAAUCAAAAAGACUGUACAGGUGGAGCAGUCCAAAGUUUUAAUAAAGGAAGGUGGCGUGCAGCUGCUGCUCACAAUAGUUGACACCCCAGGGUUCGGAGAUGCUGUCGACAACAGCAACUGCUGGCAGCCAAUCAUCGACCACAUAGACAGCAAGUUUGAAGACUACCUGAACUCAGAAUCCCGGGUGAACAGGCGACAAAUGCCUGACAGCCGAAUCCACUGCUGUCUGUACUUCAUCGCCCCCUCGGGACAUGGACUGAAGCCCUUGGACAUCGAGUUCAUGAAACGGUUGCAUGAGAAAGUCAAUGUCAUCCCGCUGAUCGCCAAAGCAGACACCCUCACCCCAGAGGAAUGCCAACAGUUCAAGAAACAGAUCAUGCGAGAAAUCCAAGAGCACAAAAUCAAGAUCUACGAGUUCCCUGAGACAGAUGACGAGGAAGAGAACAGACUGGUGAAGAAGAUAAAGGACAAGCUGCCACUGGCCGUAGUAGGAAGCAACACCAUCAUCGAGGUGAACAGCAAGAGGGUCAGAGGGAGACAAUACCCCUGGGGGGUCGCAGAAGUUGAAAACAGUGACCAUUGUGACUUCACCAUCCUCAGGGAUAUGCUCAUCAGAACUCACAUGCAGGACCUGAAGGACGUGACGAACAACGUCCACUACGAAAACUACCGCAGCAGGAAGCUCGCUGCUGUCACCUACAAUGGAGUGGACAACAACAGGGCUAAAGGCCAACUGUCCACCAAACUUGAUGCAGUUGACGGAAUGAGUCCUCUGGCCCAGAUGGAGGAGGAAAGGCGAGAGCAUGUGAAUAAGAUGAAGAAGAUGGAGAUGGAGAUGGAGCAGGUGUUUGAGAUGAAAGUCAAGGAAAAAGUGCAGAAGCUCAAAGACUCUGAAGCUGAGCUUCAGCGGCGUCACGAGCAGAUGAAGAAGAAUCUGGAGGCUCAGCACAAGGAGCUGGAGGAGAAGAGACGCGUGUUUGAGGAGGAGAGAGCAAACUGGGAGACCCAGCAGCGCCUGGAACAGCAGAAACUGGAGGCAUCCAGGACUCUGGAGAAAAACAAAAAGAAAGGCAAGAUCUUUUAAAGGACCGUCAGCAGGACCACCCCAGCUCGAGUUAUUUUUGUUUGCCAACGUUGCAGGUCAGGACACCAGUGUGUGGCACUGACAUCACCCACCUCCUCCUCCUCCUCCUCUUCCUCUUGCUCCUUCUCCCCCUGCCUUCCCCACUCCCUCCACCCUUUGGCCCCUCUCUGUCUGCCAACACAAGCUGUGUUCUUGCUCUCAGCCACUAGAUGGCGUACUGGGGUUAUAAUGUGAGGAGGUGGAUGUGGUCCACAUGUGCUUACUGAACUGCCACCACUGAACCCCGCCCUUCGCUGCCUCUGGACUCAUCGAAGAAUGUGUUUUCCUGUAACAACAGAAAAAAAUUAACCCGUUUUAGAAAAGCCACACCCAUAUUAUUAUUUUAAUUAUUAUUAUUAUUAUUGAUGUUAUUAUUGUUGCUGUUAUAACUGAAUACUGUCCCCACCCCCACUUGCUGCUCUCUCUUUUGUUCAUCCCAAGGUGGCUUUUGAAUGACUGAUGUGAACGGUUUUAAAGAGAGCACCGCAGACAUUAAAAGAAAAAAACCCCAGAAGUCAUGUUUGACUGGUGUACAAUCAAAUUCUGGUGACUUUUAUUUGUUUACAGGUCAAUUGACAGUAUAUGAACAUUAGCCUGAUUUUCCAUCAUUUGUUAAAGCAAGAAGAUGACAAGGCAUUAGCUAAUCCUUUUUGUUUUCUGUGUAUUCAGUACAUAUUAAACUCUACUCAUGUCAGAAAAACAAUAAAAUGCACCCUGGGCCUUUUUAUAGAUUAAAAAUAAAUGGCUAAACCUUCUUUUUUUCCCUGAAAUGUAACGCCUCCCCUCCCCCUCUGUGUUUAGCUAUUUCCACUAGCCUUGGACCACCAUUUAUAAUGUCAUAAGUGUUAUAUUUCACUUUAGUUUAUUUUUAUAUAUACCGAGCCAGCUGAAGUAAUAACUUCUUUUGUAUGUUUUGAAAAUCCUCAGAGACUUGAGAGCAGCGUCCACUGGUGAAAAGAAACACACUUUCACAUGUAAUAUUGAUCCUGGACGCUUAAACAAAAACGAAACAAAAAAAAUAUUUCAAUCACUCUGCGGAAACCAUCAGUAAGAAAUGAAGAGUCGACACCGCAAUUUGCUUUGGCUAUGUACUCCAUCUCUGUAUUUUUAAUUUUAUUUUUCAUUUGUAUUGUACAAAGUCACUUAAUAAACCUGUGAUGAUA